UUGUUUCUCGUGGUGCUGGAAGUUAACAGUGAAUUUCAAAUCCAGGUCAGAGAUUAUAACACUAAAAAUGGCACCAUCAAGUGGCAUUCCGUCAGGAGGCAAAAACGUGAGUGGAUCAAGUUCGCUGCAGCCUGCCGUGAAGGUGAGGACAACUCAAAGAGGAACCCAAUCGCCAAAAUUCACUCAGAUUGUGCUGCAAACCAGCAAGUUACAUACCGCAUCUCUGGAGUAGGAAUUGAUCAACCACCUUACGGAAUCUUUGUUAUUAAUCAAAAAACUGGUGAAAUUAAUAUAACAUCCAUAGUUGAUCGAGAGGUCACCCCUUUUUUCACUAUCUAUUGUCGGGCUGUGAAUUCACUGGGCCAAGAUUUAGAGAGAAUUCUUGAGCUCAGAGUCAGGGUUUUGGAUAUAAAUGACAACCCUCCGGUAUUUUCUAUGUCUACUUUUCUAGGACAAAUAGAAGAAAAUUCUAAUGCCAAUACACUGGUGAUGAUACUCAAUGCUACUGAUGCAGAUGAACCAAAUAAUUUGAACUCCAAAAUAGCCUUCAAGAUCGUAAGACAAGAACCUUCUGAUGCACCAAUGUUUAUUAUCAACAGAUACACUGCAGAAAUUCGAACAAUGAAUAAUUUUCUGGACAGAGAGCAAUAUGGCCAGUACUCUCUAUUUGUAAGAGGCUCAGACCGAGAUGGUAGGGCAGAUGGAAUGGCAGCAGAGUGUGAAUGCAGCAUUAAAAUCCUCGAUGUCAAUGAUAACAUCCCAUACAUGGAACAGUCAUCAUAUUCCAUAAGUAUUGAAGAAAAUGCUCUAAAUUCAAAUUUGCUCCAGAUUAGAAUAAUUGAUUUGGAUGAGGAGUUCUCAGCUAACUGGAUGGCAGUCAUUUUCUUUAUCUCUGGAAAUGAGGGAAAUUGGUUUGAUAUAGAAAUGAAUGAAAGAACAAAUGUGGGAACUUUAAAGGUUAUUAAGCCCCUAGAUUAUGAAGCUAUGAAGAAUCUGCAACUUAGUCUUGGUGUUAGAAAUAAAGCUGAAUUUCAUCAAUCAAUUAUGUCUCGAUAUAAACUCACAGCAACUGCAGUCUCUGUGACUGUGUUAAAUGUAGUUGAAGGCUCAGUGUUCCGUCCAGGUUCAAAGACAUUCAUAGUAACUAGUGAGAUGGGACAAAACUAUAAAUUGGGAGACUUUAUAGCUACUGAUCUGGACACAGGUCUACUUUCAACAACUGUUAGAUAUGUAAUGGGAAGUAAUCCAGCUGGCCUAAUCACUAUUGACUCAAAAAAAGGCAUAAUUAUUUUGAGAAAUAAAGUUACUGUUCAACAAUAUGAAAUGCUUAAGGGAAAAUACCAAGGAACAAUUCUAUCUAUAGAUGAUACUCUUCAAAGAACUUCUACUGGUACAAUUAUUAUUAAACUUGAAGAUAGUUCCUGGAACGGUGAUGAACCCUCUAAUAACAAUACCAGUACUAGCACAAAUGGCCUUAGUUCCUCAGAUGUUACCACUAAUGCCUACAAAAACGGUGGCACGGCUGGCAGAAAUACUUUUGAUGUAGGUCACUCCACUACUUUUAAGCUAAAAGACAAUGAUAAUGUACAUUUUGGUGCUGCUGGCAUUGGACUACUCAUCAUGGGAUUCUUGGUCCUAGGAUUGGUCCCACUUUUGUUGAUGUUUUGUGACUGUGGAGGUGUCCCUGGUAGCGGGGCCAGAUUUAAGCCUGUUCCCGAAUGUAUGGAUGGAGCAAUUCAUUCGUGGGCUGUGGAAGGAGCGCAGCCCAAACUUGCGGAUUUGACCAAUAUCUCUGCACCACGAAUACCACCCAAUAAUGCAGAUAUUAUUGAGUGCCUUGACAACUCAGGGGUUUACACAAAUGAGUAUCGUGGCAGAAAAAUGCAAGAUCUGGGAGGAGGAGAAAAAACGACAGCAUUGGAACUAGUGGAUGGAGUUAAAACAUCAGGAGCACCUAAGAUAUGUCAAGAAUAUUCCGGAACAUUAAGAAGAAGUUCUAUGAGGGAAUGUAGAGAAGGAGGGCUGAAUAUGAACUUCAUGGAAAGUUACUUCUGCCAGAAAGCAUAUGCUUAUGCAGAUGAAGACGAAGCACGCCCAUCCAAUGACUGUUUGCUCAUAUAUGAUAUUGAAGGUGUAGGUUCCCCUGCGGGCUCUGUGGGUUGUUGUAGCUUCAUUGGAGAAGACUUGGAUGACAGCUUUUUGGAUACACUGGGGCCUAAAUUUAAGAAGUUAGCAGAUAUCAGCCUGGGAAAAGGAGUUGAACCAUAUCCAGACCCUGAUCCCUCUUGGCCACCUGACAGCACUGAACCAAUCUGCCCUCUGCAGGGAACAGAGCCCAUUGGUAGUGGACACCCACACAUCUCCCCACAUUUCGGCACCACCACCAUCAUUUCUGAGAGUACCUACCCCUCGGGACCUGGGGUACAGCAUCCUAUUCCUGAUCCUCUGGGCUAUGGUAAUGUCACUUUAACUGAGUCUUACACCACCUUGGGCACUCUGAAGCCCUCUGUCCACGUUCACGAUAACCAACAUGCAUCAAAUGUGGUGGUGACAGAGAGGGUGGUCGGCCCAAUCUCUGGUGCCAAUCUGCAUGGGAUGUUAGAGAUGCCUGACUUGAGAGAUGGGUCAAAUGUUAUAGUGACAGAAAGGGUAAUAACACCCGGUUCAAGCCUGCCCUCCACUUUGACCAUCCCUGAUCCUAGAGAGUCUUCAAAUGUAGUAGUGACAGAAAGAGUAAUCCGGCCAAAUUCCGGCCUAGUGGGCAAUCUGAGUGUGCACUCCGAUUUCUCAAACACCCACAAUGUGAUUGUGACAGAGAAGGUAGUUUCAGGGUCCAGCAUAACUGGCAUUAGUGGCUCAGCUGGGCUAGGUGGAGGCAGUGGCAUAGGCAGCAGUGGCCUGGUGGGCAAUGGUGGUGGCAUUGGGCUGAGCAGCCUGGGAGGGGGCGGGGGCCUGAGUAGCAGCAUCGGGGGCACAUCCACCAUUGGCCACUUGAGGGGCUCCUCUGAACAUCACUUUAGCAAUACCCUAGGAUCUGCCUCCCCGAUCACAGCCCAAAGUCGAAUCACAAAGUACGGUACAGGACAAUAUGCCAAGUAG